UUGAUGAUCUACCCUCUGAUUUGCUUCUAUGCUGUUGAGUGGCACCUUCCAAAUCGAGUAGCCCGCCAAUUUGGCUUGUGCCAGCAAUGGCCUGUCCCUCCAUUUGAUACUUCCGUGGAGCUGCACAAGAUUGAUCGUCAGAAGCAGAAGAAGACAGUUGAGUUUCAAACGUUGCAUCGUCAGUACAUAGAGGUGUGGGACCAGUUUCAUGACAACCUCUACGAAAAUGAGCAACCACAUACCAACUACAAUUUUCGUGCAUACCUUACUUGGUACCUAGGUGUUACACGAACAAGGUUGAAAAUUCAGUGGAUCCAAGCAGAUUAUGCGUACCUUGAAUCAUCUGAGGAUGAGGACACUUCCUAUGACCUAGCAGCACGACAAGGGACACUUAUCGAGGCAGCACCUGUCUUGGACCGAGUGGGCAACGCAAUCAAGCAAUCUGUACUUGACAUCGAACGGUUUCCAAGAACAGGUGUGGACGAGCACACACUAAACAACUUUCUUGGAAGACUAGCACGUAGGCUUAGGCGUGCUGCAGCUCGGUGCGGUUGCGGUACUAGUGCUGCGAUGAAUGUGCAUGUGCCACAGGAACGACAAUGCAACACACCUGUUGUGCAUGAUACAUCUUCUUUGGGAGGAUCUGGAGGACAGAGCUCGUCUCGGCCAACUAUGGACACUUUUCAAAGCGAUGAUGAUGAGGACGAAGAGGGGGUGGCCGAGGAGCGUGACUAUGACGAGCUUGGGUUAUCUCAGCUUCCUGAUGCUCCUUCUACUCAGCCUACGCAGGUUGCAAGAAGGCGACGUCGUUCGCCUUGUAGGUACACUCCAGGCACCGAUGCUCUUGGCCACAAGGGUAAGGGUAAGACUAGGAGGCAGUGAGGAUGACUUCUGUGCUAACACCAUGGUAGCAGCUUAGAAUUGAUGUCAUAACUUCUGUUAUUUUGCAUGUAUCGACACUGUGAACUUUGUGGACUAUUUGUACUAUAUGAGACUGUAUGGUCUCUGUGGACUAUCUGAACUAUCAUUCCUGAUGGCGUAUGUGCUUGUGUUGUGAUAUUUGGAUGAAUCAAUGUUUGUAUUGUACUGUGAUGUCUAUUUAUAACUGUGGAUGUACCAAAAACAGGGGAAACUCUUGCAAAUUUUUUCCAUGAA